AUGGUGGUGGUAGGGAUGGCGCUUGUGGAGGUGGUGGUAGUGACAGCAUGGUGGUGGAGGUGGCAGCAUGGUGGUGGUGGUGGUGGUGGUGUUGGUUCUGGAGGUGGUGGUGGAUGUGGAGGUUUUGAAGGAGGUGGUGGUUGUGGUGGUGGUGGUGGUGGUGGAGGAGGUGGUAGUGGUGGUGGUGGCGGUGGCGAUGUCGGUGGUUGUGGAGGUAGUGAAUGUGGUGGAGUUGGAUGUGGAAGUGGAGGUGGUGUUAUUUUUUAA